UGCCAUAUUUUUCGUAUAUCGCUCUCGGUCAAGAAAGAGCUGCUUGUAGUUCCUGCGCCUGCUAAGAAGACUCAUCAGCCAAGUGUAAAACCAAUGCGUAUUGGCACGAAAGUAAUGCCUUGUAAUCUGUGUGCGCUCGAUUGGCAAGCAAAUGGUCACCAGCGUGAACCGGUUAGUUCUAAUCUUGUUCUCAAACCUCGGCCCAGACCUAUUCCACAGCAACUUCCUCCGACUUCUAUCGGUUCUCCGCCUUCUGAAUCCCACUCUGCUAUGAUACCGCCCUCCAACGAGAACACACCAGUCUCCGUGCCAGAGGUCCAAUCAAACACCGAUGCAGUUUCACUAGCUGUGAAAGUGGAACUCGUUGGGACGACUCAUACUGAACAAAUGAAGACCGCGAUCGUGGUCGGCGACUCGAAGCCUAAUAGCAUCAAGAAGCACCAGCUGAGCACCAAGCCAAUGCGGGUGGUGAGCCCAAAGAUCACUGCGCGAAACCUGUGUGCUCUCGACUGGCAAUCAAACGGUCAUCAAAAGGAACCAGCGACCGUUUUCGCAUCUUACUGGAAUGGGCUAUCUAAAGCCGACAAAGAGAUAUACAAGUGCAAGGCAGCUGUUCAGGUGAGUGCUACCCACUAUAUUCUAUUUCAUCGUACUACACUAAUGGCCCUGUUCUAUAGCUCAAAUCAGCUGCCAGUGGAGUCAGUACUACUGGCGAUGAUGCGGGCGCGGACAAGGAGUAGUGGAUGGCGGGAUGGUGGGCGGGUGAGGCGCAGCAAGCAGCGAUACUACACCGAAUGAUGGCGAUACCACCCUAACCCAAGCGAUACCCAUAGAUAGCCUCAUUUGUUCGCAUUAGUUCUAUAUCGAUAUGUUUUUCAAGCCAAA